CUCGAGCUCAUCCGUCCUUCAGCUCAGCUGUGUCCUCUGUGUAUACAACAAUCGUUUCGUAGCAUAGUCAAGCAAACUCCGCACAGCAAUCAAGCAGGCGGACCCAUAUAGCCACCUCAGACCUGAUCCACUUCGUUGAGUGAGUGUACUCAGCCACAAGGAAAGAGCAAUCCAACCGGGAUGGCGGAGAUCCGUCGCAAGCUGGUCAUUGUCGGUGACGGUGCCUGCGGAAAGACCUGUCUACUCAUUGUCUUCUCGAAGGGUACUUUCCCAGAGGUCUACGUGCCGACCGUGUUCGAGAACUACGUCGCAGACGUUGAGGUGGAUGGCAAACAUGUCGAACUAGCGCUAUGGGAUACGGCAGGUCAAGAGGACUACGAUCGCCUCCGACCAUUGUCCUACCCGGACUCACACGUCAUCCUCAUCUGCUUUGCCAUCGACUCGCCGGACUCGCUUGAUAACGUGCAAGAGAAGUGGAUCUCUGAAGUGCUGCACUUUUGCCAAGGUCUCCCAAUCAUACUCGUUGGCUGCAAGAAGGACUUGAGAUAUGACCCGAAGACGAUUGAGGAGCUGCACAAGACUUCGCAGAAGCCGGUGACGCCAGAGCAGGCUGAGGACGUUCGCAAGAAGAUCGGCGCUCAGAAGUACCUCGAAUGCUCCGCCAAGACUAACGAGGGUGUCCGCGAGGUCUUCGAGCACGCCACCCGCGCUGCGCUGCUCACGAGGAAGAAGGAAAAGAAGAAGUGCAUGAUCCUGUAAAUUAUCACAUACCCAGCACCACCGUACAAUCGAGCAAGCAAAGCAUCCCAGUCAUCUCGACAUACCACCAACACCAUACCCCGAUCAUUGCGCGAAGCGAGAGAUGCGAAGGCAUGCAGUCAUUCUCUGGAGGCACGGCAAGGUGGCAGUGGUGGAGUACUACUGUAGAAGUGUACACGGGGCACGGGUAGAGACGAGGGUCGGGGUGUGAAUCAACGUCUCUGCCAGGUCUUGCUCACCGACGCUUACUACUUUUUAUGGCAAUACCGACGGCGUUAUAUGGUUUCUUUUGACUGCA